UCCAAAUCCAACAUUGGAAGCAGGUCCCAGGUUCAAACGACCCAAAUUAUAACCACACCUGACAGAUGCUACUGUAAUUCCUCUAAGACUAGUAGUAGUACAUGGACUGUUGGAUCCACUGGAAGAACCCCCUAGUUGUGACAUGUCACUGUGCCGCCUCCACACUUGAUGAACAACGAACCAUGCUUCGCCGGGACCAUACUUCUGAACCCAUCGAAUGUUCGAAUGCCGACUUUUUCCAAACAUACUUUCGUUUCCUUGACGAUACAUUGGUGGAAAGCAUAGUAGAAAAGUUGAGGGACGACAAUGUCCUGUUCGAGAAUGGUUGGCGUGAUCUUUGCAUUGGAAAGGGAAUGAGAAACAAGAACAAGAAUGAGAAUGAGAACGAGAACGAGACGUUCGCACCUCUCUUCAAAGUCGCUUCGGCCGUGGCAAAGGUCGCCGAGUCCUGUGGUGCGAAAGCGGGCGAGUUCGACACUAUGGGAUAUCGACACUUCUCCAAUGUGCGAUGUGUUAGCAAAGACACAAAAAUUCAGCUUCGCCGCUUAGAACGCACAGCCAACAAAAAUGCCGACAACAAUAUACAACCAGACGAAGAAAACGAAGGACCAUACUCUCAUGCGGCUCACAAUGUAUCUGUAUUGGGGGAACUAUAUCUCCACGACACGCAGGCCACAGCUGAGGAUGAUGAGAAGAAACUUCUCUUCGCAGCCAAUGAAAUCAUGUACGACGAUCCGACCAGAGGCGACGACAAUGCAGGUUUGGCUCUUCUGCCGAUCGCACAUUGUCAACUAAAUGAGGUUCAGGAGCCACAACCGUUCAUUAAGUUCCUGUUGGCCGUAACAUUUGGCAGUCAGGAGCAGCUUGGUUGGGAUCCUACGGUAACGCGUCUUUCGAAAACGGUGAACGGCUCGAAUACCAUCGCUUACGAGUACAAGAUCGGUCGCAGAACAUUUCAGACUAUCGGAAAGCCGAUCUCCAAAUCGUCAGCAUAUCGUCUCGUCUCCCGAGCGACGUGA